AUGCUGGGCCGCAAAGGAUAGAUCCGAUGUGUCCUCCAAAUCGGCUUCUGGAGGGCUGCGCCGGAGGAGCCGACAGAUUGGGACAGGCGAGUCGCAGCGGAAGUGACGUAUGCGGUCGACGAAUGCGUCCUUAAGGAUGCAGCCUAGCGACAUUGAGCCACAGCUACAGUCUAAGGCAGGGGUGCCCAAUAGCUCGAUCUCGAAGGCAGUACCAGUCGAUGGCGGGGCAGGAUUUAAAAAAAAUGACGUGCGCGGUUUACCGCAAGAAGACCGAAACUAAUGCUAAUGCUAAUUAGCGAUCCUUGCUUACUAACGGACGCAUUUAAUUUCAUUCCAAAGCAACCCAGGCUGAGUCCAGUAAGGUAAUGAUCAAGAAUGUGCGGGAUGCUUGUGACGGUUCCCUCCUUCUGACAGAUGAGCGGCUCGUUGUUUUCCCAGUUGGAGCGAGCGCAAAUCGUGGCACUGGCAACCGGCUGAGGCACUUCCUGUUGCAGGUUGAGUUGUCAUGGCAACUGCCUCAGGGUCGAGCCUCUUGCCACGACUCGUCGCGGCAGAGUACUAGUGUUGUGAGUUAUUGUUUUUCUAAUAAAACGCUGAUAAGUGAUACAAUGGCUUCCUGUUUACGUGCAGCUAAGCUAAUACGGGCUAAAACCAGUUUUCACUUGUUGCCAUGGUAACGAUAAACAUCUUUAGGAAGGGCCCUGAAGAAAGAAAAUAAGGUACAUAAAGUAAAUAUUGAUAAGAUGCAUUAUGUAACUAACCCAAUGUGUAUGUGGAGAUUUAUAAAAAAUAAGUUGAAAUAUACAAUUCAACACAUUCACUAGAAGAUAACACUUAAAAUUCUUCAAGCGAUAUAUAAAAGAAAAAUAAACAUGAAUGAAUUUACAUGAUGCUAUGAGAUUAUAUUCACUACAUUUAGGCAACAUAAGCAGGCAGUGCUAUAAGUGUCACAAUAGCAACUACACCAGCAGACAAAAAUUGUGUGAAUGAACAGCUGCACAAACAAAUUACAUUUAAAUAGAUUUAUAAAGUUCAGAACGAAAUACUCUUUCAAAAACAUUUUGUAUACCUGCGAUGAUAUUAAAAUGUGUUCAAAAGCCUAGUGAAUGUGCACUGCAUUUGUUUACUCCUGAUAGAAGUGUUCACCUAAAUGUAUACUCUCUUGUGGCUAAAAAACUGUUGUCUCCAAAAAGUGUGUAACACUCACCCACACACACAGAUCGCCAUGACUUGGUUAGUUGAACCAACCCCUAAGCAAUAAACCUUCACAACAUGAGUUCCUUGGGAAAAUACACAGGUCCUGCUUCACAAAUCAUCCUUAACAUCUGUUUAGCUCAUGAACACCAUGUAUCAGUUCAGGAGGUCACAGAUAUUCUGUCCACUUAAAAUGAACCUUAUUUAAUUUUCCCAACAACUUUGAAUAUCAUUUCAUUCAACCGUCAACCAUUCCACAAACUAUUUACCCGUGUCAAAAUAAUACAGACCCAUAUUACAUUUAUGCAUGAUAUAAUGAAUGAAUUAAUACAUUAUUUCAUUGCUCUCCAUAAAACCUGAACCAAUUACCUACAUAUAACGCAUUGUCCACUCAAUUGUUGUGGACAAUUGAGUGCAUCUGUUCUGUCUCUGAAGGUGAGCCAUGUCCUGUUCAGCCUCCCAGUGGACUCCUCAGCGUCCAAUUCUCUUCGGCAGCCUUUUGGCGUUUUGCUUCAUCUGCCUUUUCAUCUCGUACAAGGCCGACAUCACCUACCCUGAUUUAGGAAGAGUUGGUCAGUUUUGUCCUGCCUUCCUGUGUGCAGAGAGAGCACAGAGCCAUGACUCAAUCCCCAGCAACUCCACAGAGCUCCUCAAUAAAUCACAUUCAGGUCCGACCGAGAAGCUCCAGGCGGCAGCAGUGGACGCUGAGCCCGACACAGUUGUGCUGGUCUGGAUGUGGCCGUUUGGCUUCAAAUUUGAACUCAACUGCGACAUUUUCAAUUUCACAAGAUGCCACUUAACAGAUAACAGGGAACUUUACCAUAAGGCCCACGGGGUGGUCUUCCACCACAGGGAUAUACAUGGAAGUUUAGAAAACAUGCCCAAAGUGCCACGCCCCGUUUUUCAGAAAUGGGUUUGGUCAAAUAUGGAGUCGCCCACCAACUCAGGUAAAAUCACUGGACUGAAUGAGCUUUUCAACUUGACAUGCAACUAUCGGCGUGAUUCAAGUGUCCUAGUGCCUUAUGGGUAUCUGUAUCCCGUGACCUCUCCAGAGGAGAGUUUCAAAUUGCCAGCAAAGGACAGUUAUGUUAUGAUAGUUAUGGGCCCGCCAAGACACGUUUAUGACUUUGUAAAAAUUAUUUCUGCUUGUAAAUUCUACCUCUCCUUUGAGAACUCCUUCCACAGAGAUUACAUCACAGAGAAGUUCUUUAAUCCUUUGACUUGGGGAAGUGUUCCGGUAGUUAUGGGCCUGCCAAGACACAUGUAUGAGGGCCACGCCCCAGCUGAGUCUUUCAUUCAUGUCGAUGACUUUCCUUCUCCAAAGGAGUUGGCAGAGCGGCUACUUUACCUUGACCAAAAUCACACCGAGUACAUGCGGUUCUUCAACUGGAGAAGCGCGUUUAAAGUUAAACCGUCUCUGUCUGGAAGAGAAAUUGCCUGCAAAACUUGUCGACACUUACAAAACCACAAGGAGUACCAAGCUUUUAAUGAUCUGAACACUUGGUACUGGGGCUGAGAGGGUGUGAACGCUUCAAUCAAAAUAUUACACAGUGUAUUUAAUUUUAUUUGUUGCUAAGAAAGUGUCCAAAUGCAUCUGAUGUGUUUUCAACAGAGUACAGCUGGUCAGAAAUAAUAGAAAGCGUGGAUUAUGUUGUUCUGCAUGUUGUUCAAAGAAUAUUUAAAGAAAAUUUGAUAACGUGACAUUUUAGUAAGAAACACAAAAGCUCUUUGCAAUGUUUUUUUAAUGGUUUAUUUUUUUACAUUCUUUGCCAUGGCUAAUGUCUUAAUACAAUGUGGAUAGAAUUUAGGUACUGUAAUUAAAUGCACUAAACAUUACCAUUAACUACUGGAUGCAUUUCUUAAAAGCUGGUGUCCAACACCAGACAUUUGAUGCAAACAAUUAUGUUUUAUGGUUUGUUUUUUGGUCAAUAUGUCCUAAUGUGUUUAUCUGCUUUUCUCAAACCAGACCAAAGAGAAGCGAUGGACUAACCCCAAUUGUUUUCUUUUUUUUAUGUAACAUAUACUCAUUCCUUUUUGUGGGGUGAUAUCAUAUAUAUAUAGUAUAUAAAGAUUAAAAUACACACACA